AUGAAAUACCGGUUGGUUUUGGUUUUCGGUGAGGCCCCUCCGAUCUCCAUCUCCAUCUCCAUCACUCACUCUGCUCACCUCAUCCUCAUCUCCAGCUUUGCCACCGCACACCGGGGAAAGAAAUUACAAACAUCAUACCAGACAGUUGCGUCGCUAUAUAUCUGCGCCAUUCCCACUUGUCCCAAAGUAUCUUGGCUCUUGCUCAAAACAAUUGGUAAUGCAGCGUGGGGCCUUAUCGUCAUCGCUGUUAUCCGUCUUCAACAAAUAAUUCCCGACGAGGGCAUGGCAUAUGCUGGGAGGGAAUCGUUUUCAGGCCUGAGACUUGACACAAAAUUCGCCAGGGACCGCUCUCCUAGCGCCAACAACAAACGCGACCAUGGCGGGCACGAUAGAGAGGAAAAUCCCUCCUUAGGGAGAGAUCUUUCGACGAGACGACUGGAGGAUGAUGACGAGAAGAGUGUGAUCGAUGAGCUCCAUACAGCGACUCCGCCGAUGGCUGUCCCUCGCGCGGACGAUCAUAAUAUUGAAGCCUUUGACUCGGGAAUUAGCUACUCUCAUAAACCAGAGGAGUUCCGACCUUCGUUCGAAAACUUUCUGCAUGCCGGGCCGUCGCACAUCGAGACAAAACCCAGAGACCAACAGAGCCCACGCCAGUACUCGCCCAUCGAUGAUAGCAUACCAGAAUCUGAUGCCCGAGAUCUUGGACGCCUCAGAUCGUCACAAACAACACGGCCGUCCGCAUUGCGACAUGUGCACAACCAGGACGAGGUCCACGCAUACGCCAGAGAGCCGAACUAUGGUCCGAAAAAUGGGUUGCGACACAAAACAACUAUAGACAGCGGUAUAUCUUUCGCCUCUCGAAGAAAUGAAGACACAACACCCGCUGCUGAACUCGAUCGACCGACCUCCCUCACUUCGGUAUCGACCAUGUCACCGCUGGAGGAGGUUCGCACACCUUCCGAAUACCCUAGAGAUGGGCACAGGGACGUGCUGCUUUCACCCCUAUCUGCAUCUCCCAUUGUCCAACGAGCAGUUUCCCUUGAUGAUCCUAACGUCUGGUCUACAGGGGGGUCCGAUGCCGGAAAACCCCGCAGUUACACACUCGACAGACAUAAUAGCUGGCGACAAAUCAUGCGUCAGCAACGUUCUCGUCGAUCGACCGGGUCAAGCGGCAAGUCACCAGCCAGCGCAUUUCUUUCUAUGUGGAGUUCGCCCGAGGAGGCGGUAGUUCCCUCUCAGCCGGAUGACGAGGGCCAGAUGGUCGGCACAGAGUACGUGAUUGGUAAGCAGAUUGGCUUCGGCGGCUUCAGCACCGUGAAGGAAGCAUACAAAGUUGAGGAAGAUGGUUCCACCAGACGCUUGGCUGUUAAGAUAGUUAAGAAGCAUGUUUCUGGAAAAAACGAGAGAGAAAAUGAUCAGGUGCAGGCCGAAUUUGACCAUGAAGUUCGUAUCUGGCGACAGCUCAAUUACCACCAUAUCCUGUCUCUCGAAGCUGUAUAUGAAACAGAUUACGCAACUUUUUGCUUUACUAAACUUGCCAUCGGUGGGACGCUCUUUGAUUUGGUCAAGUCCAAUCGCAGUGGACUAGAUAUGGACCUUGCCAAAAAGUACUCGUACCAGCUAGCUUCGGCAAUACGGUAUCUGCACGAAGAUAUGCGGGUAGUGCACCGUGAUAUAAAGCUCGAAAACUGCUUAUUGGAUCCCGUGAUAUCCGAGGACGGCACCGAGACUGCCAAACUUGUUCUUUGCGACUUCGGCAUGGCAGAGUGGAUGACGACUGACACUAGCAGCGAGUCGUUGGAUUCGUACGACAACCCAGCCGAUCGCCCUCCGACGCAAAACAUAGGCCCAAGCGGAUCUAGCACAAGCAUUGCAGGAAGUUUGGAGUAUGCAUCACCAGAACUGCUUCUUUCGUCUACAGGGUUGAUCGACCCGGUAGUUGAUAUGUGGGCCUUUGGCGUGGUUGUUUAUGCGACGUUGGUAGGCUCCCGACCAUUUCAGCAUGGAUUCGGACCACGAUUGCAUUCGAGCAUUGUCAAAGGUGAAUGGAAUCAUCAUGCUGUCCUUGCAGGUAAAGAACAUGACGCUACUCGUCAGGAGGCUCUAUUUCUGCUACGUCGCUGCAUGGAAAAGGAUACUAGUUCUCGUUGGACUAUACGACAAGCUCUCGGAUGUGCUUGGUUCAAGAGUGUCUCUAACCGUUCCGAUGAACAUCAACAUGAGCGGUCCUGGAGGUUUUGA